CAAUUGUAUGCUCGUAUCAUGCGUGUGUGCUGGCUUAUCAUUACAGCUCGAUCUUGUCAGCGCUCCGCCGCUCCUUAUCACGUGAUGAGCGUUCUCAUGAUGCUCGAUGCCCCGCUCUUGUAUCCGUCCCCAAAGAGGUAUGCGUUGUUGAGAUGAUGGUACAGCUCUACGAGCUGUAUCCCCUGUUCGUGAUGGGGUUGCGACCGCGGAAGAACUUCGUGGUACGCAUAUGGAAGCAGCCCUGCGUGAGCCCACCAAACAUACGCAUCAUGCAGCGCUCCACCUCGCCGUGUCCGUAGUAGCUGGGUGUGUGAAAGAUUUCAGGUUCGCCUGUCUUGCUGUUCGUGCCCGCAUUUCCGGCCCACAAGUCACCGUGCAAGAUGGCGGGCUUGAUCUGAGGGGUAAGAAAGGAAGACAAGAGCAGAGAGUAAACCUUGCGGCGAAACUAGGACCCCAGUCGGACAAGAAACAGGUCUCCGAUGCGCUUGAUCCGGUCGGCAAUGCGGCAGUCAGCCCAGAGUAUAGACCACGUUGCUUCCCACAUGUUGUCUUGUUUUCGUUCACCAUACCAAAUACGAUGAUCGCUUUUCAGACACCGAACGCUUGCAAACCGCAUGAUGAACCAGUGGACUUCAGCAUCUCCACAGAAUGUAGGCCUAUCAAGGCCAAACUUUCCCGAUUCACUGGUUCCGUACUUGUGUAUGGGCACUAAUUUGCGGGCCAAGGGCUUUUGUGCCUGCACACCAUGCCUGCUACCCCCCAUAUCCUUCAAGUCUGUGAAAAGUUAAGCAUGCUUCCCACCCUCAGACCUGCCAAACGAAUAUACCAAGGGGAUGAUGGCCCAGCUCGAUGCACGCCUCCCUCUUCCGC